GCCAUGGUCGUGGCAAUAGACAGUUUCGACCGUCGCGCCACGACGCCUUAUCGUGGCAAUAGAUCUAACCUCAAAAAUUUGCCCGACCAGCUAAAGAGCUCCUCCUCCUCCAUUCCUCCUUCAUGGUUAAAUCAGUUGAAGUUGAAAUUUGUUUUGUAUUUGCACAUUGCACUAAUUAGUAAUUACCACUUGAGGAAUUCAUCUCUAACCACAGAUUGCUAUAAUAGCAAUGACAUUUUCAUUUAAUAAAAGUCGUCCACCAUAUCCUUAUUUGUCAGCCGAGAUUGAGGGCUCGUUUGCUUACAGGACAGUGAAAGAUCGAAUGCCAGUUAUUCUCACAAAGGUGAUAGACUUUUUAUGUCGCAGUAAGAAUGAAAUUGUGCAAAGUAGUCAUUCUGAGGCUGCAGCAUUAGAAGACUUAAAACUGAUUAUUGGAAAAUUAUCUAAGCUAAGAAGUGAAAUGCAAACAAACAAAACACUUAGCAAAUUUGAAAUAGAUUGUCCUCACCUUCAAGAUAGUGAAAAAUGGAAUACAGAAUUGAUUGAAACUAAAGACAGUGCUGCACCUUGUUGGUUCAACUCACCUUGGUUGCUUGUGGAGUGUUACAUGUACAGAGCUAUUUAUUAUAUGUUUAAUGACAGCGUACAUUUGAAGGGAUUUGAUCCAUUCAGUCACAUGAAAGAAGAAGCAUUCUUUGUGCAGAAAAACAUUAUAUGCCAGCUUGCUUCCUAUACCAAUGGAUUGUGUCUAAAGUCAAAUUAUAGUUCCUCAGAGUUACAUGUUCAUUUCAUGAAACUUAUUGAGAUUUGUCUAUGGGGGAAUCGAAAUGACCUGUCUCUAUCAGCUGGAAAUACCAAUACUGAAGUCAAAUCAAACUCUUUUUUUGAUGACAUAAAACAGCUAAACUCACACAUCUUAGUUAAUAAUAUUAAUGAAGUUUGGCUUCAUAUGAAACACAUUCAGAAUAACCCAUAUGAUAAUAAAGAACUUAGCAUAAUUAUGGACAAUUCAGGACUGGAAAUGGUUGCUGAUCUCUGCCUUGCUGUUUAUUGCAUAUCUCACAAGCUUUUCGACCGGGUUAAUUUCUACGUAAAAAAAAUUCCGUGGUUUGUUUCCGACACAACUUGUAAUGAUCUUAAAUGGGCGCUUCAGUAUAUGGAAAAUGAUUGCACUGAAUUGCAACAUUUUGCCGAGAAAUGCCGCGCUUACCUACACUCAAACCAGUUUCAGGUGCUUGAAGAGAGUUAUUUUACAUUGCCACUACCAUAUCAUGUAAUGCAAGAGGAAGAUCCUAAACUUUACAAAAAACUCUGUCGUAGCCAACUCAUUAUCUUUAAAGGUGACCUUAAUUACAGAAAACUUGGCGGAGAACUCUGCUGGCCGUCUUCCACCCCAUUUAAAACUUUUUUACAAGGAUUCAGUCCAGCGCCUUUGCUUGCGUUACGAACAAUUAAAGCAGAAAUUAUUUGUGAUUUACCAUCGUCUAAGAUAAAAGAAUUGGAUUUGCUUGACAAAGAUUGGAUGACUAAUGGAAAUUACGGCUUGAUACAAUUUGCAAAAUAGCUUCCGUGUUCUAAAGGAGAUAACAUUUUACAUUAAAAAAUAAAUAAAAUAAAUUUGA